GUGGAAUCAGCUGAGUUACUAUGCAGUUGGUAACAUGUAACGUGAAUUUGUGCAAUUAUAGCAACGACUUCAAUUCAGUUCCUGAAUUUUUUAUCUUCGAUUACACAUUGCAUUAUCGUGUCCGUACUCCCCCGAUAUGUGGUGUUAAUGUUCAUUGAUGGCUGUGAAGCCGAGCAGGACAAACGUGUAGCAAACAAUUAGUCUGUGACUCAGUGCGAACAUUAUCAAGAGCACUCGUGGACGAGAUUUGUCAGUACGUUUUCCAUUACAGUUAUGAGCUGUACGCGUGUUUAGUUAUUUGAACAGAGAUAUUUGCAAUUGGUCCCGACAAAGGGACUGAUGUUGUUAAAAAUCAGUAAUAAAGAAUAAUUCACAAUGACUACAGAAAAACAGGUAUUAGCGUCAAAGAAGAUGCAGAAAGUAACAAAAUUAAUACCCCCUGAUGGGGGCUGGGGAUGGAUGGUCCUCAUCGGUACAGCCCUAUCGAACAUUGUCAAUCAAUCUCUGCUGUCUCUAUUCAGCUUGCUAUAUGGCGGUGCACUUGAAGCCAUGGGACAUAAAACGAAAGGAGCGGCCGUUGUACUAAGCACAAUGUUAUUUGUUGCGAACUUCGGUGGGCCCAUCGCUGGAGUUCUCGUUAAACUAUCCUCAGCUAGAAUGGUAGCAGUCGCUGGGGCAUGCUCAUGUACACUGGGCAUAUUUUUCAGUGGAUUUUCAACAAGCCUUUGGCACCUCACUGUAACUUACGGAGUAUUAUUGGGCCUGGGACUGGGCUUCAUACAGAAUUCGUCGUUUGUGGCCAUAAAUAGCUACUUCAAGCUGAGAAAGAGCCGCGCUGUGGGCCUUGCUAACGUGGGAACAGGUGUGGGUCAAACCUUAAUGCCUCACUUAGUUAGAUACCUUCUCGAGACUUAUGGCUUCACAGGUGCCUGCUUGAUCCUGUCCUCUUUGAGUUUACAUGGGAUAGCUGGAACUUUACUUAUACAACCAGUAGAAUGGCACAUGAAAAAAGUUGAAGAAGAAAUAGAGGUUGAUGAGACGGCACAGUUGUUAGAAGAUAAACACAAGGACAUUGUGAUCAGGAAAAAUUCCAAUACUCGUAAUGAAGUCACAAAUGUGUUAGGACGACGAGCCACGGAACCAAAUAUCAAACAACAAAAUGGAUCCCAGAAUGUAGUGUAUGACAAAAAAUCUGAGAGCGUCAACAAUGUCAAUGUUGCUCUUAAUUUGAGGAAUGAAAAUGUCGCUGUACCUACACCAGCUGAGAAAAAAAGUUUGCUUAGGAAAAUGUAUGAUUUAUUCGAUAUAUCAUUAUUAUCGAGUCCUAGGUUCUUAAAUAUCAUUAUCGGCACGGCGCUUUCUGUUACGUCCAUUCAAAAUUUCAGCAUGCUGUAUCCAUUCUUCUUACAGAAAGUUGCACAUUUGGAUAUGAACCAGACAGCAAUAUGUAUGUCUGCAGUAGCAGGAGCGGAUAUAGCCGGCCGUCUUAUAUUACCAAUAUUCCAAGAUAAAUAUAAAAUCAAGGCCCGAUGGAUGCUUAUCAUGACGAGCGUAUGGUUGAUCGUCAUCAGACAAAUACUGGCGUACCAAACUGAUUUCGUAUUUCUAAUUGCUAUGUCCUGUCUCUACGGCUUUGGAAGAAGUAUGAUUAUUGUUGCAAGAAACAUAGCUAUCUCAGAGCAUUGUAGGCAAGAGCAAGUGCCAGCCGCAGUGGGACUCGGCAUGUUAACCAUGGGAAUUAUAGUACCACCAGCAGGAUAUUUCUUAGGAUGGAUCAGAGAUUACACGGAAAGUUACAUCAUCUGCAUAACAGCGCAAAAUAUUUUACUUGUCAUAUUACUCGUAACAUGGCUACCAGAUAUGCUUUUGUUGUGGAUACAAGAAAAGAGAGAGAACAAAAAAGACUUACACCAAAUUCAGUUAUCGUGAAAGUGAGUCGAAAUAACGUUUUGAAAUAGAUUGCAUUCUAUCUAGAAGCAAAUGAGAUAGGAAAACUCUGAUUAUUUCAUAAGGUGAAGAGCCUUAAAAAAUGUGGCUGUGAUUAUAAAAUGGCGUGAAGAACUUAUAGGGAAAUUGAUACUUAAGAAUGUUACCAGUUAAAGGAGUCCGUUUUAUGUUGAAUAUUAAAGAAAAAAAAAAUUAAAAUAUAUGACGUAUUUCCCAGUCGAGUAUAAUGAAUGUU